CCAACCGCUCUGCUAUUGUCCAAGUGGAAAGAGCCAAGUUUAUUAUGAGGACUAUAUGCUCUAGAGACCUCAGGCAAGGCAUCUCAUAGGAGGCUUUUUCAUAAAACUAGGCUCUGCUGCUACUAAGGAGGCCAGUUGUGAAUCAGGAGUGGAGCAGAGAACAUCUCCCUAGCACCAGCCACCUCCUCCAAUUCUGUCCUCCUCCAGACUACUAUUUUCCCCCCUCUUUGCUGAGACGUCCAGAGCCUUUUCAAUGUAUAAAAUGGAAUAUUCUUACCUUAAUUCCUCUGCCUACGAGUCCUGUAUGGCUGGCAUGGACACAUCCAGCCUGGCAUCUGCCUAUGCUGAUUUCAGCUCCUGCAGCCAAGCCAGUGGCUUCCAGUACAAUCCUAUCAGGACAACUUUUGGGGCCACCUCCGGCUGCCCUUCCCUUACCCCGGGAUCUUGCAGCCUUGGGACUCUCAGGGACCACCAGAGCAGCCCUUAUGCAGCAGUUCCCUACAAGCUGUUCACGGAUCACGGCGGCCUGAAUGAGAAGAGGAAGCAGCGGAGGAUCCGGACCACGUUCACCAGCGCCCAGCUGAAGGAGCUGGAGCGGGUGUUUGCUGAGACCCACUAUCCCGACAUUUACACCCGGGAGGAGUUGGCGCUGAAGAUAGACCUGACGGAAGCCAGGGUGCAGGUCUGGUUCCAGAACCGCCGGGCCAAGUUCCGAAAGCAGGAGCGGGCCGCCGCCGCAGCUGCCGCCGCUGCCAAGUCCGGCUCCUCUGGGAAGAAGACCGAUUCCUCCCGGGAUGAUGACAGCAAGGAGGCGAAGAUCACCGACCCGGACAGCACCGGGGGCCCCGGCAACAACCCCAAUCCCAGCCAGAGCUGCGGCGGGCCCAGCCCUACCGGGUCCCAGGGCAACGUGCAGGAGCAGGGCAAAGUCGGGUUGCCAGGGGCUGGCGGCCUGUCAUCGUCGGCGGUAGUAGGGGGCCCUGGGGGGGCACAGGGCUGGGCCACAGGGCCCGGAGGCACCAUCACCUCCAUCCCUGACUCCUUAGGAGGCCCCUUCGCCAGCGUCCUCUCCUCCCUGCAGAGACCCAACAGCACCAAAGCCACCCUGGUGAAGAGCAUGUUCUGAGCCCGGGCCCCGGGACCUGCAUUGUCAGAGUGAUGGUGAGGGGCCCCUGCCAGCUGCAGCCACCUGACCUCAGGGCCCGGCUCACCCGGCGGCUGCAGGGGGCGCCACAUCUCCGGGUCACACCUGGGAGAGACCUCAGCGGGCAGUGCCACUGACUGGUGACUAUUGGGGCUGUAACAGGUCCAGCACUGGGGUGUGGUGAGGGUGCCAGGAGCCUGAUCACCACCCAGCAGAACAUUCCCAGGCGCCCCCCAAACCUCUCACCCCACCAUCUCAGUAAUACAGUCUGUGUAACCCAUUCACUGCCAAAGGGACUCACCACAGGCUCAGUGGGAGCUUUCAGCAGAACAUUGAAGUGAUCCCUGUCCCCCGUCUGACACAUAAAUCAGCACUAUUAUGUCGUACGACUUUACUCUGAUUUUCCCUGUUUUCCCAUAUUCCCGCUGUAAAUUCUUUAAAAACCACCUUGAUCCUCCUAUAUGUUAUUUAUCGCCAUUAUUUGCUGGACACUGAAGUCAAGAACACAACGAAUCAUUUGCACUGUGUUGCAGGAGUUUUGAUUAUAGUUUUUUUUGUGUGUGUGUGUCUUAUUCCUAAAGAAUAUACACACCUGUUCUAUGUGAUAAUUAUCUAUUUAUUACAUUGUUUCAAAUGAAAAUUGUUGUCUUUAUUUUGUUUAGAUUUUUUUUAAGGCACAAACAAUCUAAUUAUUAGUUGAUGUUGGGCAGUAUGCUUUAUUUUCCGUGUCCUUUUCAAGCAGUGUUAUGUGACGGUUGUAUAGUGUUAUGUAAGUACACAUUGUCGACAAUUGUUAAAGUAAAA